AUGUCAUUGACACCACACGAUCUUGCCGUCAUUCAAGAAGCUGGAACGCCGAGUGAUAGAAAAUACGCCAAGCGCAUUUAUCCAGUACGUAAACGGGGCAAUUUCUUGCUCUGCACAAUUCUAUUAGGCAAUGUUCUGGUAAAUUCGACGACAACAAUCCUUCUCGAUACAUUAAUAAGUGGUAUAUUGGCUGUGGCCGGUGCCACUUUUGCAAUUGUCAUUUUUGGUGAAAUCAUUCCACAAGCCGUUUGUUCACGGCAUGGCCUAAAAAUUGGUUCUAAAACCAUUAUUCUUACUCGCAUUUUCAUGAUAAUUACAUCUCCUGUCGCUUUUCCUCUCAGCAAAAUUCUCGAUUGUAUUCUCGGCGAAGAAGUCGGCUCCACUUAUACACGCGAUCAAAUGAGUGCAUUGUUGAAACAUACACAAACGACUGAUAUUGAAGAUCGUGAGAAAAACAUCAUGACUGGUGUGUUGGGUUUGAAGACGAAAAAGAUCCGUGAUAUAAUGACCAAUUUAAUCGAUGUGUUCAUGCUCGAAGCCGAUCGAGUUGUUGAUGAUGAACUUGUUUUGACAAUACACGGUUAUGGAUAUUCGCGAAUACCGGUUUACGAAAAGCAACGUAACAAUAUUAUUGGCCUGGUAAAUAUUCGUGAUUUUGCUCUUCUUGAUACAGAAUCCGGAAAAUUUACUGUGAGAAGUUUGCUGAAUUUUUACAAGCAUCGUUAUGGCAAAGAGAUUAUGUCCGAUGAUUCGUGUUAUGAUGUUUUUAAUAAACUUAAGAAAGAACAAUAUCAUAUGGGUAUUGUGGUUGAACAUGACACUAGUAGUGAGAAAGAUCCAAAGAGUCCCGAUAACAAAGUGGAAGACCUUUUACGUUCGAAAGAUCUCAAAUUUCGACCGUUUAUACCGGAUUUCAGCUUGAGAGUUUGUGAGGAUGUACAAAUUUUACGAAUUCGUCGAACACACUGGUUAGCGGCUAUUCGUGCGACUUUCUUUGAACAUAAACAAAAAGCAAACGGUGGUCCACCAAUAUUCAAUUCUGACGGUGAACAGAUUGAUUUGUUGACACAAGAAUUGGAAAAGGCUAAUGGCGUCGAUCGACCAGAGGGAAGUACCAGAACUUCAAGUGAAACAAGCGAUAAAAUGCGUGAUCGAACAAUGUCUCUAACGUCAGCAACUGCUUUGGGACUUGUCAAAAGAGAGCACGAAGGUUUUUUCAGUCGACUUCGUUCAAUAACUAUUUCGCAUAAUGUGAAUAAGACCUCGUCGAAAAGUCCGACAACCUCGAAUCGAAAUACGCCGAGUUUAACCGGUAAGCAGCGCCAUCAUUUAUUUCGUACUGAUCAUACUUAA